UGCAGGUCUGUUUCACCUUACAAUGGCUUCAUGAUCAUGAAUCGUCUGAGUAUGAAUAACCUGACGGAACCGGUCACUAAGGACCUGGAAUUCCAACUGCAAGAUCCAUUCUUGCUGUACAAGACGGCACAAUCCAUUUAUGGACUGUGGUUUUAUGACAGAACCGAGUGUCAACAGGUAUCAAGACUCAUGGAAAGCUUGGUUUAUAAAGCUAAGAAGAGAGCUAAAGGCGGUGGGCAUCGUAGUCGGAGUGUGUCGGAGAGUGAUGCUGGCCCAUCAACACUUGGACACCAGUCCGCAAUUGGGCAGUCCACACAACAAGUGGACAUUAUGCAGAUGUUGUCUAGAGCACAGCAUGAGUAUAACAAGACUCAACAAGAUGACAAGAUUCCAGUCUCUUCCCCUAAGCCCAAGAGUCCCCCACGUAUAGCAUCGGAGUCGCCCACCGUCCUACGCCCGGUACCUGUCAAACCAGAGGACGGUACCCCAGACCAGAACUCUAAACAGACGGGCAUGGUGAGCGAUCAACCCACAACCAAUAAGGUCAUAGGUCCAAUGUCCCGUGGACCUAGCAUGCAUCCUGGGUUCCAACGCUCAGUCUCCAUGCAAGGUAGUCUGGGAUAUUUAAGCGGCAACUCUAUCAUGAGCAGUGGCCAGGCAGCUCAGGUGCCGGAAAUGUUGCAGAAGCUUCUGUCUAACGCAGCUGGGGAAAGCCAAAGAGUGAUGCCGGAUCAUCCGCUUAGUAACAGACAGGUUCAUACUGUAGAGAGUCUGGAGAGAAGACACGACAACCAAACGACCUCCAAGAAGUCUCCAGAAAGUGACUCGAGUCAAGGGUCAGCUGGACAGGGUCAGGGAUCGAGGGGUCAGAUGAUGACCGUGGAGAGUUUGGAGCAGCAGCACACAGGUUCUACUACAAAGGAGAACGAUAGUAAGAGCCAGGGGUACCCGAUACAGAAUCUGCUCGCGCAGCUUAGUAUCGCGCAGCGAACUGGAAAACAUGAGACAACAGAGGGCAGUGGUUCCUCUAUGUCCUCUAGCUCCAAGGGACACUCAUCAUUUGCUGGUAGUCAGAAACUCCCAUCAGGAGGGGGUGAUCAUGGACACUAUGCCGCUGGACCAAAACCAAAAGCGGAGGACAUUGUCGGGCAACCCAACAACCCCGAUAUGAACCAGAAACUACUGACCUCGACGAGAUCGGUAAUACCGACGUCUCAGCCGUCGCCGUUACAGUUUAUACAACCCUCUUCCAUUCAACCGAACGUGCAUGUGAAGCCUAAAGGUAGCAGGGAACCGGUACAGUUCACUGGUAACCAAGGUGUAAGGUCUUUACAGCAGAUAGCUUUAGGAGGGGUGCAGUUUGGACAAAUGAGACCUAAUACAUCAAACCAAACAACGACCAAUGGUGUUACAACUCAUACGCCUGUUUCUCCUCAGAGGAUCCCUGGCUCACUUCUUCCUCCAACUCUUUUGACGCCACAAGCGUUCAGAAAGAGAGCUUCCAGUGAGACCGUAGUGAUGGCCAGUCAACAGCAGCUUUAUCCCCCUGUCCUACAAAAUGUGGUGGUCCAGUCUGCACUCUCGUCCAAUCAGCAAGCAGGAGGUCAUCUUGCUAAUUCAGUUCAGCACAAUCCACUAUUGAACAGGGUGGAACCAGCAGGGAGGGUGAACUCUGGAGAGAUACUGAACAAAGAGCAGUUCAAGCAGGCAUUUGUACAUUUAUUACAGAGUGAUAGCAGUUUCCUAAGCAGCUUACACAACGCAUAUCUCCAGACAGUUCAUCAUCCACCAAUUUAGCAAACUGUCGUCAUGAGCUACUUGAUGGUCAACAUUGGCGUCAUGCUACAAGCUGUACAGGUGCUGUUGUGUACAAUGUUAUUUUAUAAAGCAGUAGUAUGUAAUUCUGUAAACAGAUUGAUGAACACUAUCAAUUGAGAUAUGUACAUCCGGUACACUUUAACCCCAACCUUGACAUUGUGAAAAAAUAACUAAAUUUGUUGUUUCACAUUUAUGCGAUAAAGCUAGUGUUAAAUUAUCAGCCUACUCUUUGAAAUGGUAGUGGUAUCGAAGUUGUAAAAGCUGGUACAAUCAUAGCUCCCAUAUUUCUUUAUCCUGACCUGAAAAUUGUCUUUGAUGAAUGAUACAAAGUACAGAUAGGAACAGAUAGCUAUAGCUACAAGAAAUCCAAGUUAACAUAAACAGUGCCCUCUAGAGGGGGAAUUUAAAUUUGCCUGUAUUUAUUCGUAUGUUACUUCCUGACACAGCAGGCGCUCCAUAGUUUUGACCCCCUAAUAAGAAAUACUUCCAAUUUUUACUCUCUUUUAGCAUGUGAAAAAAAAAAAAAUCCAAAUUAUUUUCUUUUGAUAAAAUAAAUUUAAAUAUAAAAAAAAAAAAGUAAAAAUAAAAAAAAUGUUAAUACUGACUAACGAUAGAGUUUUGCCUUGAAUACCUUUUGAUUUAUAUUCUAUUAAGGAUGAAUAUAAGUUUACGUACUAAACGUUUUAUUUUAAAUUAUAAGCGAAAUAAGGGAAAAAAUGACUUGCCUUUUACGUAACUAUCACUUUAUUUUUGUGCGUGUACGUUAACUACCAUUAUGCAUGGUAUGACAAAAUGUACAGGCGCAUUCUUUCAACCUUUAGUGGUUCAAAAAUCCACUUGAAGUUGUAGUUGUGAUUGUUUUUUUUUUAAGUUGAGUAAUGUUUUUUUUUC